CCACCGCGUCCAGCCCGCUAACCCCGCCCCUCUGCAGAGAGAACGGGAGCUCCAUUCAAACACACCAAACUCGGCGACCCGGGAUGCGACAGUCGCUGUAGGAGCAGAGAAAGGCGGCAGCAGCAGCACCAGAACCCCGAGCACACGCUUCAGCUCCAGAACCGUACCGGUAGACACCCAGAGACCCAGAGGCAGCAACAGCAGCUCCGCGGCCGGAACACACUCUCACCGAGCGCAGUCUGCUAGCAGGAGGCUAACGGCUAACCACCGAUAUGGCGAGCGCCUCGUACCACAUCUCCAACCUGCUGGAGAAAAUGACCUCCAGCGACAAGGAUUUCAGGUUUAUGGCAACGAACGACUUGAUGACGGAGCUGCAAAAAGAUUCGAUCAAACUGGACGACGACAGUGAGAGGAAGGUGGUGAGGAUGAUUCUCAAACUGUUGGAAGACAAAAACGGAGAGGUUCAGAACCUGGCCGUCAAAUGCCUGGGUCCCCUGGUCAGUAAGGUGAAGGAGUACCAGGUGGAGACGAUCGUCGACACGCUCUGCACCAACAUGCUGUCGGACAAAGAGCAGCUCAGAGACAUUUCAUCCAUCGGACUCAAAACUGUGAUCGGAGAGUUACCGCCCGCCUCCAGUGGUUCUGCUUUAGCUGCCAGUGUUUGUAAGAAGAUAACGGGUCGUCUGACCAGCGCCAUCGCCAAACAGGAAGACGUGUCUGUCCAGCUGGAGGCGCUGGACAUCAUGGCCGACAUGCUUUGCAGACAGGGAGGUCUGCUGGUGAACUUCCAUCCCUCCAUCCUCAGCUGUCUGCUUCCUCAGCUCACCUCCCCCAGACUGGCCGUCAGAAAGAGGACCAUCAUGGCUCUGGGCCACCUGGUGAUGUCCUGUGGGAACCUGGUCUUCAUCGACCUGAUCGAGCACCUUCUGACGGAGCUGGGCCGCAACGACAACAUGUCCACCACCAGAACAUACAUCCAGUGCACGGCGGCCAUCAGCAGACAGGCCGGACACAGGAUCGGAGAGUAUCUGGAGAAGAUCAUCCCGCUGGUCGUCAAGUUCUGCAAUGUGGACGACGACGAGCUCAGAGAGUACUGCAUCCAGGCCUUCGAGUCCUUCGUCAGGAGGUGUCCUAAAGAAGUUUACCCCCACGUUCCCACCGUCAUAUCCAUCUGCCUGCGCUACCUGACCUACGACCCCAACUACAACUUUGACGACGAAGACGAGGACGACAACGCCAUGGAUGCCGAGCAGAACGAUGAAGACUACCAAGGAAGCGACGACGAGUACAGUGACGAUGACGACAUGAGCUGGAAGGUUCGGAGGGCGGCAGCCAAAUGUCUCGACGCUGUCGUCUCGACUCGUCAUGAGAUGCUGCCGGAGUUUUAUCGCUCGGUUUCACCUGCACUCGUCUGUCGCUUCAAGGAGAGGGAGGAGAACGUGAAGGCCGAUGUUUUUCAUGCCUACUUGUCGCUGCUGAAACAGACCAGACCAGCUCAGAGCUGGUUGGCUGAUCCAGACGCCAUGGAGCAGGGAGACACUCCGCUAACUAUGCUGCAGAGCCAGGUUCCGAUGAUAGUUAAAGCUCUUCACAAGCAGCUGAAGGAGAAAAGCGUCAAAACCCGUCAGUGUUGCUUCAACAUGUUGACUGAGCUGGUGAACGUCCUGCCUGGAGCUCUGACUCAGCACAUCCCAGUACUAAUACCAGGCAUCAUCUUCUCUCUGAACGACAAGUCGAGCAGCUCCAACCUGAAGAUCGACGCCCUGGCCUGCCUCCACGUCAUCAUGGUCACUCAUCCCGCCCACGCCUUCCACGCCCACGUCCCCGCCCUCGUCCCGCCCGUCGUCGCCUGCGUCGGCGACCCGUUCUACAAGAUUACGUCUGAAGCUCUGCUGGUCACUCAGCAGCUCGUCAAGGUGAUCCGACCUCUGGACAACCAAUCCGAGGGCUCCGACAGCUUCGACCCCUCCCCCUAUAUCAACGACCUGUUCACCUGCACGAUCCGGCGCCUCAAAGCUGCCGACAUCGACCAGGAAGUGAAAGAAAGAGCCAUUUCCUGUAUGGGGCAGAUCAUCUGUAACCUAGGUGAUCGUCUGCCCAACGAACUUCCAGGAACGCUGCUGAUCUUCUUAGAACGUCUGAAGAACGAGAUCACGAGACUGACGACGGUCAAAGCUCUGACGCUCAUCGCCGGCUCCCCGCUGAAGAUCGAUCUUAGACCAGUUCUCCCUGACGCCGUUCCCAUCCUCGCCUCGUUCCUCCGCAAGAACCAGCGAGCGCUGAAGCUCUGCACACUGGCUGCUCUGGACAUCCUGCUCAGAAACUACAGCUCUGCGGUGACUCCGGUGAUGGUGGACGCCGUCCUGGCCGAGCUUCCUCCUCUGAUCUCAGAGAGCGACAUGCACGUGUCCCAGAUGGCGCUGAGCUUCCUGUCCACGCUGGCGGUCACCCACCCGUCAUCGUUGGGUCAGCUGAGCGGCGGAAACAUCCUGCAGCAGCUCAUAGCGCUGGUUCGAUCCCCGCUGCUGCAGGGAGGAGCGCUGGCCGCCAUGCUGGACUUCUACCAGGCUCUGGUGGCCACAGAUACUCCUGGUUUGGGCUACAUGGACCUGCUGAGGAUGCUAACGGGUCCGGUUUACUCCCAGAGCGCUGCUCUGCCUCACAAACAAGCCUACUGCUCCAUCGCUAAGUGUGUGGCCGCCCUGACCAGAGCCUGUCCAAACGAAGGCCCCGCCGUGGUUGGACAGUUCAUCCAGGACGUGAAGAACAGCCGCUCCACCGACUCCAUCCGGCUGCUUGCUCUGCUCUCGCUGGGUGAGGUCGGACAUCAUGUGGACCUCAGCAGCCAGCCGGAGCUCAAGACCGUCAUCCUGGACGCCUUCUCGUCCUCCAGCGAAGAGGUGAAGUCGGCAGCUUCGUACGCUCUCGGCAGCAUCGCGGUGGGGAACCUUCCGGAGUAUCUGCCCUUUGUCCUGCAGGAGAUCUCCUCCUCCAAGAGGCAGUACCUGCUGCUGCACUCUCUGAAAGAGAUCAUCAGUUCGGCGUCGGUGUCUGGACUGAAGCCCUACGUGGAGUCGGUUUGGUCGCUGCUGCUCAAACACUGCGAGUGUCAGGAGGAAGGAACCAGGAACGUCGUGGCUGAAUGUUUGGGAAAACUGACGCUGAUCGACCCCGAAACCCUGCUGCCCCGCCUCAAAGGAUACCUGCUGUCAGGUUCAUCGUACGCCAGGAGCUCCGUGGUGACGGCGGUAAAGUUCACCAUCUCUGACCAACCGCAACCAAUCGACCCGCUGCUGAAGAACUGCAUAGGUGAUUUCCUGAAGACGCUGGAGGAUCCGGACCUGAACGUACGACGUGUUGCCUUGGUAACGUUUAACUCUGCUGCCCACAACAAGCCCAGCCUGAUCCGAGAGCUGCUGGACUCAGUUCUACCACAACUUUACAACGAGACUAAAGUCCGGAAGGAGCUGAUCCGAGAGGUGGAGAUGGGUCCAUUCAAACACACGGUGGAUGACGGUCUGGACUUGAGGAAGGCUGCGUUCGAGUGCAUGUACACUCUGCUGGACAGCUGCCUGGACCGACUCGACAUCUUCACCUUCCUCAACCACGUGGAGGACGGCUUGAAGGACCACUACGACAUCAAGAUGCUGACCUUCCUGAUGCUGGCCAGACUGUCGUCUUUGUGUCCCAGUGCUGUUCUACAGAGACUGGACAGACUGGUGGAACCGCUGAGAGCCACCUGCACCACCAAGGUGAAGGCAAACUCGGUGAAGCAGGAGUUCGAGAAGCAGGAUGAGCUGAAGCGGUCGGCAAUGCGAGCCGUCGUGGCACUGCUGACGAUCCCAGAGGCCGAGAAGUCGCCGCUGAUGUCAGAGUUCCAGUCCCAGAUCUCGUCCAAUCAGGAGCUGGCGGCCAUCUUCGACUCCAUCCAGAGAGACUCCAGCUCCGCCAACAUGGAGUCCAUGGACACCAGCUAAAGACAUGGACUAAAACCCACGAUGCAACACGGCACCACCCCGCUGCUGGAGCGCAAAACCCCGCAGCAUGUUUCCAUGACAACAGGACGCAGACACACAAACACAACACACACAAACACACACUCGUAGUGACACACCCUCUCCUAGCGAGCGAUCGUUCCAUGAUGCAUUGCACUGAAAUCAGCUGUUGGAAGAGAGAGACUGACAGUCGGCUCACACUUGGACAAAACGGAUAAAAACAACAAAACGGAAACAAAAACAACAAAAAAUAAUGAAGAAAUUCCAGAAAAAUAAGUUCCAUACGAGGCUUGGAAGCUCCUCCCAUCUCCUGUUUGUUUUUUCUAGCGAGAUCGCCUGAUUGGCCGACCUCCCUGUUCAUCAUCAUCAUCAUUCUUCUCUGUUUUUCGUUCCUUUUUUUUUUCUUUUUCGUAAUUCCAGAAAGUUCCGCAGGUACUGUAACCUGAUUGGCCACUGCUGAGUGACUGACAGUGGGCGUGUUAUGAAAACUGACCAAUGGGGGAAUAAACGGCCUCUCCGCCUGAGGCUGUGGUGACCAAUGGGAGAAGGGCUCGCUCUGUUGUUGUUGUUUUUUUUUUCCCUUUGGCGAAUGAUGUAGGCGACCAAUAGGAGGCUUUGGGGAGUUGGCAGAUAGGCGGGGUUUUACUGUUUGUGGACCAAUCAGCAUCUUUGUUUGCCCCCCUCCGAUUCGGCAGCUCCGCCUUCCACCCUCCUCACUGCUCGGAGGGAAGAGGACGGAUCACCGGACCAGGUCCCACCUCACCUCACUGGACCGGACCCGCUGUUUCCAUGGUAACACUUGAGUUUCCUGCUCAUCUGGUUGCCUUGUUGAUGGUUUAAAUCUGGUGCGGUGAGGUCAGGACAAUCCACUGUUGUUUAUCGCCUGAGACAAAUAAAGAGGUCCAUUUCUGCCUGCCUUCACACUC